AUGUUUGGGCAACCAAUUUUAACCCAUCCGCAUUUUUGCUUCCCUACUUUAAACCAAAAAGCUCUAUUAUCACCAUGUGGUUUAGAAACUUUAAUUGGAAUUACUUUAUUAACUUAUAUAAUAUUUGGAAUUAUAAAGUGGACUUUAUUAAGAGUAAUAUCACGCCGUAAUCGUAUAAAUGAUAAUGAAGAAAUUUAUAAUAACCUAAGAAUCAAAGGAAUUAGAGGUUAUCCAAAAACCUUAAAUAAAUUAGUAAUUUCCAUACAAGUUCUUGUUGGACUUGAAGCUUUAUUAAAUAUAAUAUAUACUUCAGUAGAAGAUCAACAAGAACAAUUACAAUCUUCAACUUCAGGAUUUCAAAAACCAAUAGUUGAAGAUCCAAAAUAUCAACCACCUCACACUUUAAGUGACUUUUAUUCAAAAUUUAAAAAAUUAUUACCUUUUGUAUGGCCAUCUCAUGAUAUCAAAUUACAAAUCGCAAUUGUUAUUUGUAUGUUACUCUUAGUCAUGGGACGUAUUGUCAAUGUAUUACUUCCUUAUCGUUAUAAAGGACUUGUGGAUCGUUUACAAGAAGAAGAAAAAGUUUGGAAAGAAAUUUGGAAAGAAAUUUUAUUAUUUAUCGGAUUAAGAUGUUUACAAGGAGAUGUAGGACUUGUUAAUACUGCUCAAAGUUUAUUAUGGAUUCCUGUUGUAUCCGUUAAAAUGUUUGAACAUUUAUUAAAUUUAUCAUUACGUUUUCAUCUUAAUCGUAAAACUGGUGAAAUUUUACGCGUCCAAGAUCGAGGAGUCUCUUCUAUUGUUUCAAUUCUUUCUUCGGUCAUUUUCAAUAUUAUUCCAACUCUUGUUGAUAUUGUCAUUGCAAUUGUAAUCUUUACUAUCGCGUUUGAUCUAUUUUUUGGGAUGAUUGUAUUUGCUACAAUGUCUUUAUACAUUGUUAGCACUAUUAUUAUGACUGAUUGGAGAACAAAAUAUAGAAGAUUAACUAAUUUAUUAGAUAAUAAUAUGGAAGCGAAAGCUGUUGAUUCGCUAUUAAAUUAUGAGACUGUUAAAUUAUAUGCUGCUGAACCUUUUGAAGCAAUUCUAGAUUAUCAAAGUGCCGAUCAAAAAUCAAAUUUCACUUUAUAUAUUUUAAAUACAGCUCAAAAUUUAAUAAUUCAAUGUGGUCUAUUAGCAGGAUGUAUUUUAUGUGCAAGUCGAAUAUCUAAGGGUGAAAUGAAUGUGGGAGAUUUUGUUAUGUACCUAACAUAUAUAUUACAAUUAUAUGGACCUCUUAAUUGGUUUGGUAAUUAUUAUAGAGUUAUUCAAAAAAAUUUUGUGGAUAUGGAAAAGAUGCUUGAUCUCUUACAAGAAUCUCCUGAGAUUAAAGAUUUACCUCAAGCUGAUCCAUUAGUAAUUAAAAAAGGAGAAGUCAUAUUUGAUAACGUGUCUUUUGGUUAUAAUGCCAAAUUUCCUACUUUAAAAAGUAUUUCAUUUACUAUUCCAAGUGGAUCAACUGUUGCUUUGGUGGGUCCAUCAGGUGGUGGUAAAUCAACUAUUAUACGUCUUCUUUUUAGAUUUUAUGAUGUUCAAUCUGGUCGAAUUCUUGUUGAUGGACAAGAUAUUCGUCACGUUAAACAACAAGAUUUGAGAAGUUGUAUUGGUAUUGUUCCUCAAGAUACAGUUUUAUUCAAUGAUACAAUAAAAUAUAAUAUUCGGUAUGGUAAAAUUGGAGCUAAUGAUAGGAUGGUAGAAGAAGCUGCCAGAGCCGCUCAAAUUCAUGAUAAAAUUUUAGGUUUUCCCGAAGGGUAUGGGACAAAAGUUGGUGAAAGAGGUUUAAGACUUAGCGGUGGUGAAAAACAGAGAGUUAAUCCACAAAUUGUUUUGCUUGAUGAAGCUACUUCUGCGCUUGAUACUCGUACAGAAAGGCAUAUUCAAAAAUCUCUUCCACAUCGUCUUUCAACUAUUGUUCACGCUGACCAAAUUCUUGUUUUACAAGAUGGCGAAAUUGUCGAAAGAGGUUCGCAUAUAGAAUUAAUGCAAAAGGAAGGUGUAUAUUAUAAACUUUGGAAUAAACAAUUAAAACACCAUGAAAAGGUGAAAAAGGAAGCAGAAAUUCAUCAGCAGGAUAGUGGUAUUACCACUAAAGUUGCUUCUUCGGAUUCUGCUUCAAUUUCUAAUACGAUGCCUAGUGUAAAUAAUAAUUUAAAAAUAGAUGUAUAG